AUGUUUUCUCGCAAGGCAGCCAAGAAGCGAGGCCGAGACGAAGACGAUGAUGAUGAAUCUCAAGUCCUAGUCCCUCCUACCCAAGAAGAUCAAGAAGAGGAUACCCAAAUGUCUGAAGAACCCGCAGAAGAAGACGAGGAAGAGGAUGAACCACGACCAAGGAAACGAGUCAAGAGUAGUAGUAGUGCAAAUGAUUCAUCUAAUAGUGGAUUACGUGGUGUCAUCAAGUCUGUUGAACUGUUCAACUUUUUGACUCAUGAGCAUCAUCAUAUUGAUCUGGUACCAAACAUCAACUUCAUUACUGGCAAAAAUGGAUCUGGCAAGAGUAGUAUUCUAACUGCCAUUGUCGUCGGUUUCGGUGCUCGAGCUUCAGAUACAAAUCGUGCUGAUACUACAACCUCCUUUAUCAGACAUGGCGCAGACUCCGCAACCAUCCGCAUCUCGAUUUACAAUGAAGGAGAUGAAGCAUGGCAACAUGAUCUAUUCGGAGACACUAUCAUUGUCGAACGCAAAAUCUUCUCUGGUGGUUCUAGUCGAUAUCGUCUACUUAAUGCUGCCAAAAAUACUUGCGUCUCUGAGAAGAAGGGCGACUUGGAUGCUAUGCUUGAUUCAUUCGGUAUACUUCCUGACUCUCCAAUCAUGAUCUUGAAUCAAGAUGCUGCAAAGAAGUUUUUGCAAAAGAGUACACCUCAAAGCAAGUACGCCUUAUUUCACGAGGGUACUUUGAUUACAAAGCUACAAGCUGACUUGAUGCAUACAGAGUCAGAGAUUGAAGCUCUCAAGAAUACUACCAAAAACCAUGAACGAGAACUGGAACCUCUCAAGAGAAGAUUCGAAGAGUUGAAACAAAAAAUGGCCCUGUUCGAGCAACAUGAAGCUGACGAACAAAGAGCUCAAGCCCUGUUGCUAGAAAUUGCUUGGGCAGUGGUGGAAGACAAGGAGAAAGAUAUAGAAACCUUACGAGACCAAAUCACCCAACUGGAAAGGAAAGUGGUUCGAUAUCAACGUGAAGUAGAUGCACAUGUAGAAGAGAAGGCCAUACACGAGGCAACUCUACAUGAACACGAGCAACGUGUUGCUGAACUACGAGCCAUCAACGAAGGCAUCAGUGCAAGUUAUAAUCAACGACGAGCAGACGAGAAAACCAAACAUGCUGAAUAUAAUCAGGUGGUAGUUUCUCGUACAGAAUUCAAUACUGAAGUUGAUGCCAAGGAACGUAAUAUUGCCGAGUUGACUGAAAAGAUUGAUCAGGUUAGAGCUCGUAUGGCUGAUGAGCAGAGAUCUGUCAUCAAGAAUAUUGAAGACGAUGUUGUACGUAAAGAGGCUGAUGUUGUUGCGAAUGAUGCUCAGACUGCAGAGAAUAACGAAGUAAUGGGUCGUCUUCAAGCCGAAAUCACGACUACCGAAGCAAGCAUCAGAGAUCUGGCUCAAGAAAGGAGACGAUUCGAAAAUGAUAGGAAUAGUUGCCGCCGCGAUAUCGAACAAUACAAGCAACAACAACAAAGCAGAAUCAGUGCUUGGGGUCGUAGAAUGCCAGAAGUUGUUGCCAAAAUCAAAGAUUAUGCUAGUCGUGGACGAUGGACUGGAAUGACUCCUAUUGGUCCUCUUGGCGAAUACGUCAAAGUGAGGCAAGAACAAUGGGAAUAUGCCAAAGUCAUUGACAAUGAGCUUGGAAAGCAAUUGAGUUCUUUCCUUGUUUCAACUCCUCGAGAUAUGGACCUGAUGAAAGAGGUAUUGAGAAGUUUGAAUAUGGUUCAAGCAGCACCCGUCAUAUUGAUCAAUACUAGAGAAACCCACGCAUUCAAUCCAGACAGACCACCUGAACAGUUUAUUACUAUCUCUCGAGAAGACGUCUUCAAAGUUCUCGUCGUCAAUGCACACAUGGAGCAAACCAUUCUCGUACCCGAUUAUGACUCUGGCAAAGAAGUUGCAACUCGUUGGCCACCCCAUUGUGGAAAGAUCCUGACCGCGAUGAAUGCUUCUGUUGGUAAUCGACAAUUUGGAGGUGUUGGUAUUGAACAUCGUCAAUGGGAUGAACAUAGGCCACCGAGAUUUUCUGAAGAUACUGAGGCUGCUAUUGCGCAGGCUCAAAACCGACUCGCGAGGAUUGAAGACGAUAUGGCUGAAAAGGAUCGGGAUAUGCAAGGCUUGAAUGCUACAGUGACAGCUUUGAAACGUCGAGUUCGAACUUUGCAAGAAUCAAACGGAACCUUGUCGAACAGGAAGUUUGCUCUUGGACGCGAGAUUCGUGAUUUGAGAGAACGAUUGACUCAAUAUGCAGUUGGUGAUGUUUCUGGAUAUGAAUCUGAGAAGUUGAGCGAAGAAGAGUCUCUCCAGGGUCUCAAAGCCCAACUCGAACCAUUGGACACACAAAUAGCACAAUUGUUUGGUGAGCUGCAAGAAUUACGAGCAGCCUUGGCACAAGACAAGGAGCAACGACGUAGAAAUGAUGCCGAAAUUGAGAAGGCUCGCAAUCCUAUGGAAGCCACUAUGAGAGACAUUGUUAAUUUGGAAGCUGCUGAAGUUCGUACGAAAGAGAAGUUGAUAGCAGCUAAAGCAGCAGUAGCGGACCAACAAGAGAGACUUCGAGUAGAACAGGACGAUGUAGAUAACGCCGCGAAUAUGGCUCUAGAUUUGUGUAAUUCUGAACGCAUUGAGCCGUCAGCUAGUCUUGCAGAGUUGCAACAAGAGUCUGAUGAUAUUGAAGCCAAGAAGAAAUUGCGUGAAGCUCAACUAGGGGAUCCACAAGAACUGUACCGCAAAUGUUAUGAAGCCGAAUCUAACUUCACCAAGGCCAAUCUUGCCGUCAAAGCCAACAAUCGACGAGUAGCACUAUACAGGCAUGCCGUGAAACUUCGAAAACACCUAUAUGAAGGUCUCUUCAGAUACUAUAGAUCAGAAUUCAAGGACACGUUCAAGAACUUUGCUCAGCGAAGAGGAUACGUUGGGAGGAUCAAGUUUCAUGAGGAUAGUAAAACUAUGGAUGUCAAGAUGAGCAAAGGCAAUGAUCAAGAGGGAGGUGGAGGAGCGAAACGAGGAGUGAAUCAACUCAGUGGUGGUGAAAAGUCGUAUACUACUCUCUGUUUCCUGAUGGCUUUAUGGGAGUUGAUGAAUGCUCCAUUCUAUGCGUUGGAUGAGUUUGAUGUCUUUAUGGACAGCGUCAAUCGACAACAAAGUAUUAGUCUGUUGACAUCUGCUGGCAAGAAUAUGCAGUUGAUUUUGAUUUCGCCUAGUGAUGGGUUUACUGUACCUCCUGGCAGAGCCAACAUAUGCAAAAUUGUGCGCCUAUCAGAUCCCAUUCGUGGCGCUGCAGGUGGUGGUGAUGACGCCGAAUAG